AUGAACAAAAUAAUCUUAAAUAUAUAAUCUGUGGAAGAAUAUUACAUGGAAAAUUAUUCACAGGAUUUUUUUUUAUCAAAUAAAAGGGCUGGAUAUUAAGAAGCACUCUGUCCAUAAUUAUCUGUAUAUAAUAUGUAGCCCAAAAAUAAUUUGAAUUGUUUUUAAAUUCUCAGGCUGAAGAAGUUUAGCCUGCUCAAUUUAAUUUUUUCCUCAAAUGAACAUUUAUUUUUGUGGUAUUUGGAGUCAGCAAAUGGAUCAGCUUUGACCAUAAACAGAAGUAGCUUGUGGCAUCUGCAGCAGGUUGGUGGGCUGCAGUUCCUGCUGAAGGUGAAAGGUCACUCAGGAACCACAAGACACAGCCACCAAACAGGUGACUGGGAAACUCUCUGGAAAAUAACCAACAUACCAAGUUAUUCAUGCAGACGAGAAACGCCUGUAGUUCUGUGGGGAGUCAAGAUAAGUUUGAAGCAGUUCCCUAGUAGACCACGGGGUGUCGCCGUUUCCCUCGACGCCGCGGCCAUGACUCACCUGACCAGUAAACAUUAGCCUCCGAGGCCUGGCUCAGGUUAGCGCCAUGUUUCAGCUGAAAACCCGCCUAAGAUACAGCCCAGUGGGCAUCGCCGCAGCCAGGGCGCUUUCGUCCACACCUGCUCGGAACCCGGUGGUGUUCCUGGACAUCGCGGCGGACGGCGAGCCUCUCGGGAGGGUGACUAUCGAGUUAAACGCCGAUGUCGUGCCAAAGACCGCAGAGAACUUCAGAGCGCUCUGCACUGGCCAAUAUGGCUUUGGCUUCAAGGGCUCAGUGUUUCACCGGAUCGUCCCGGAGUUCAUGUGUCAGGGUGGAGAUUUCACCAACCACAACGGAACCGGAGGGAAGUCUAUAUAUGGCAAAACAUUUGGAGAUGAAAACUUCAAAUUGAAGCACACUGGAGCAGGCACACUCUCGAUGGCUAACUCGGGACCAAACACAAACGGCUCCCAGUUCUUCAUCUGCACCACCAAAACCGAGUGGCUGGACGGUAAACACGUGGUGUUCGGGCAGGUGAAGGACGGGCUGGAUGUGGUGAAGACAAUGGAGACGUUCGGCUUACAUGACGGAGGCGUGUUGAAGAAGGUUGCCAUCACAGAUUGUGGGGAAAUCAAAUGACGGAUGAUGAAGACUUUCCCCUUGAUUUGGGAACGGCUUUUGACUCCUCUUUUAAUAAUCGAGAGAACGUAUGUGAGGAGCGCCCAGGUAACCUGUAUGGACCCGGGAAGAGCAGCCAGACUGGACACAUGAGGGAUUCAUGGUCGGCUUGGGCAGCUGUGGAACACACCAGUCUGGUGAUGGCGGACCGAGCGGACAACUGAGACUGUGCCAAAACACAAUUGUUGAAGCGACUCGGAUGCAUGUGGUCCAAAUGCAGAAGUCCUUGUUUCAUAUCGAACCUACAGUAUAUUUGCAUGCACUCGGCUAUUCUGCAAAGAAAAGAAAUCAUCGAACAAAUGAAAUGAAUGGAUGAAGUGUGCAUCUUUUAUUUAUUUAUGUCAUGAAUUCUCUCCCAAAGUGCUGGUGUGACUGUUCUAUAAAGGAUUUCUGCACCUGGACCUCUGGACCUGCUGGCGACUGUCACCGAGCCUGCAGUUCUUGAAGCUUCCUGGAAGCCACCCAGCUGCUUUAUUUAGACACCAGCGCCACUUCCUGUUCGUCGGGGCAGGAUGCAGCGUCACGUGACGCCUUCCUACUGUACAUCUUGAUUAAGGAUAUUUGUUGACUCUUCUGCAGCCUUCGUGAGCUUUUACAACCCAGGACGUCAGUGAGGGUGUUGUGUUAUGGUUAAUGUGUGUCAUUAUAUAUUUGUGCAAACCUCGGACACCUUGAGGGGAAUAAAUGUGGCGUCUUG